CGUCGUUGUCCCUCUUUUCUCGCCUUUCUCCCAAAAGAUUUCAAGGACACUCCUAAAUCGCAGGGCCGACUCCUUAGAUCUUCGUUUUGCUUAAACAUGUCGGAGAUCGAUUUGGUGGAUGGGAAUUUGGCUCUUAAAGAGAUUCAGAAGCUGGAUGGCCAUACUGAUAGAGUCUGGAGCCUCGCCUGGAAUCCGGCAGCUGGAGCUGGGGGCCUUCCACCGACACUCGCCUCUUGCAGCGGUGACAAGACAGCUAGAAUCUGGCAGCAGGGCCCCUCAGGUUCCUGGAACUGUACGGCUGUCCUGGAAGAUGCGCAUAAUCGAACUGUCAGGUCUUGUGCUUGGUCUCCAUGCGGGAAACUGUUAGCAACGGGAAGUUUUGAUGCCACGACAGCAAUAUGGCAGCAAAUUGGUGGUGAUUUUGAAUGUGUUGCGACAUUAGAGGGUCAUGAAAAUGAAGUCAAGGGUGUUGCAUGGAAUUCUUCGGGGUCUUUUCUUGCCACUUGUAGUCGAGAUAAGUCUGUUUGGAUCUGGGAAAUGCAACCUGGUAAUGAGUUUGAUUGUGCUUCUGUGCUGCAUGGUCACACACAGGAUGUCAAGAUGGUGCAAUGGCAUCCACAUUUGGAUGUUUUGGUUUCUGUCAGUUAUGACAAUUCUAUUAGGAUCUGGAUUGAGGAUGGAGACCUUAAUGGUUGGAGUUGCGUGCAAACAUUAGGUGAAACUAGCAGUGGUCAUUCAUCAACCGUUUGGGCACUGUCUUUCAGUUCAGGUGGCGAUAGAAUGGUUACAUGCAGCGAUGACCUUACUAUGAAGAUUUGGGACACCACUAAUAAUCCCUCAGAGGAUGGAUCAUGGUUUCACCUCUGCACUCUAUCAGGAUAUCAGGACCGGACAGUGUUUUCAGUUAAUUGGUCAAGGGAUGGUAUUAUUGCUACUGGAGCAGCUGAUGAUUCUAUUUGCCUUUUUCAUGAGACAAAAGAUUCUUUGGUUGGUGGGCUAUCAUACAGCUUAAUUCUGAAGAAGGACAAAGCUCAUGACAUGGAUGUGAACUCUGUGCAGUGGAAUCCCAACGAACCGAAAAUUCUUGCUUCAGCGAGUGACGAUGGCUCAAUAAAACUAUGGAGACUAACACAAGUUCCCUGAAGAAAUGUAAACUGGUUCCAUUCAAAUCUUGUUAUUAUCUUUCAUAGCUGAAAUGCAUGCUUUAUUUUUACCUUUUUCUAGAUUUUUCUUUUCAUGUAGCUGCCAUUUACUCAAUUUCCUAUGAAGAGAAGAUUUCCAAAUUUCAUGGAUGAUCUGAUCCGUUUUAUGGACAUAUAACCCUUUCACA